GAAGAAGAAUCUCUGAAAAACAAUCAAGAAGGAGCAGCUAUUUGGUACCACUGUGAUGAUGCGGAGCCAAUUUCUGUGGAUUCCCGCUGCUGUCUGAGGGGAGCCAUGAUUUCAGUCAGCUACAUCCUGCUCUGCGGACAGUUCCUGCUGCUGUUUGCUGCGAUCUUGUUGCAAUGCCUGGAAGGAAUUCAUUCCCAGAACUCGAGCACCGCAGCUUCCACCGCUGCUCCGGCUGCUUCUCCCACACAGGGAGCCUCCUCGCUGCCCUCCAGCGAGCUGCCCGAGACGACAAAGUAUGAAACCCCGGCGGAGAACAACACGGAGCCGUACGAGUACAGGCCCCCAUCCCCGGUCGUCCUCUGCAGCCAUCUGCCUGAGGAGUUCAUCUACUGCCAGGAUCCGGUGGACCAUGCAGGAAACUACAGCGCCUACCAGGAGAUGGGCCACGGCUGUGUUGGGUGGGGGGGGCAGACGAAGAAGGAAGUGAACCACACUCAGGUCAUCUGCACCGCCCUGGACGACAUCGAAUGUGCCGGCCCCCGGGAGUUCCUCCGAGGCGAAGUGCCUUGCAUCAAAUACACAGGACACUACUUCAUCACCACGCUGCUGUACUCCUUCUUCCUGGGCUGCUUUGGCGUCGACCGCUUCUGCCUGGGCCACACGGGCACGGCCGUGGGGAAGCUGCUCACCCUGGGAGGCCUGGGAAUCUGGUGGUUCGUGGACCUGAUCUUGCUCAUCACCGGCGGUCUGAUGCCCAGCGACUACAGCAACUGGUGCACCUACUACUGAGGCGGGCGGCGUCAGCCUGCAGGGGGAGAGGAGUGUGUGGGCUCUUUCUGAGGCCUCUGGGGGAUUCUAGUGACCGAGUCCACAAGAUGAGAGACGAUAUGUUCUCUUGGAGUUGCAGAGGAGCAGCAGUUGCUGUUUUCAUGACUAUUGGUUAAUUAUACCCUCGAUGAGCCAAAAAAAAAAUGGUUUGGUGUAUUUUCUUUGUAUUUAAGCUAAUUUAUUUACAACAAAUAUGGACAGAAAUGACUCUUAUUUUAAGGUUCUACUUCAUAAAUGUUCUGUUUGUAAAUUUCAACCUGAAUUCAGGAUGUAGUUUAGAGCCAUGUGUCCUGAAGUCUGAUGCCUGUAACCAGUUGUAAAAAAAAAAAAAAUCUUUUACCACAAACAUGUUGCUUUUUAUAUAUAUUGUUUUGUUUGUUUUUACUCCCCAGAGCUGUAUCAUUUGAACAGAAAAACAACAAAUAUUCCUUCUGUUGCCAUGACAUUGCUUUUACUCAUUUUACCCUUUUUUAUGUCUUGGACUUAAAAUGAGUAAAUAAAAAGUAGCAGAAGCACCUGUUAAUUAAUAUAAGAUGUAUUUUAUUGAUCCCAGAAUUGGGAAACUCCUGGGCAGCAGGGCAUACAGAAAACGCACAAUAUGCUCGACAUAAGUAAGAAUGAAAUGUAGAAUAGAAUGUAAAUUUCUACACAACAAUAUACGGCUAAAUGAAAAUGUAUGGUAAAGCUACGUAGACUCUUGGUUGCUUUCACUUAAACUUUACCAGUGAAACAAUCAAACAACUCUUAAACAUAUUUGUAGAGUGUUUAGCUCUGCAGACAGCAUAAAUGUUACUUUACCUUGAAUUUAGCAAAUAGUGAUGCCUGGUGCUUGUGUCGCCUCCUCUGGUUGCUGCUGUCCGUAAACACGUUUUGCACAUAGAACACCGUUAUUCCGCAAAGGUGCCAUCUGUCUUUUCACUACAGCCGAAGUAUUCCCACAUUAAUUCCUUCAGACGGGGCGACUGGGAGUCAGGAGUAAUCAGCCGUCAUAGAACGUUCAUAGCUAGCGGCUAAACAGAGGAAUCUCUGAUCAGAAAAAAAAUAAAUAAAUACCUGCAGGAACGCUGGGUGGG